AUGUGUUCGUUUGAAACAGAAAUCGAGAAAGACACAAAAGCAGAAAAUGAUGUCCACUGGCACAAUUCUGCUGUUUAUUUUAUCGUUUAUACGCGCGAACAUGGCACAAGUCGGAAACACGCAGCCAGAUUUGGCUGGAAGGAGUUUGCCGCCUCCGAGGGUCCUUUGUCGAUUACAACCGCUCCACGCUUCUCGCGGACCGCGACAUGGACGAGCUGGACCCUUCUACAGACUCCUUCAAUUCGCUUCAGCAGGAGCGGCUGUCGGGACAGGCCCUUCGACCAUCAAGGCGUGUUGACGACAGACAACGAACAAUUAUCUUCCUCUCGUUUGUUAUUUAAAGUCGAGACGUCAGCUGAUGAAUUGUGUUUCCGGAGGAAGGCGAUCUCUCAGGCAGGAAACAAAGUCGAACGGUGCAUGUUUGGAAAAACUCUCGCCAGCAUCGCCGAGAUACCGAAGUUUGGACAAAAGGUGGGCCGCAAUGCGUAG